AUGGAUAUCAUACGAAAACUAGAUGUUGCUUUGAUGUCAAAACGCUUUCCCGAUUUCGAUCAAAAUGACAUUCAAAACAUUCAGAUUUGGCUGAAAAAGUGCCCGCAUUUACCGAAGUUGACAGAUUAUGAGAUUUUUCGCUUUCUGCAUGCCGCGGAAUUUAGCGUGGAGGCGGCAAAGACACGAAUUGACAAUUUUUAUACGUUUCGCACCAAAUUUCCGCAAUAUUUUGGAAAUCGGGAUCCAGAUACCGAGGAAAUAGAGUACAUUAGUGAAGUUAUGACUCAAAUGAAGCUUCCGAAAGAAACACCCGAUGGACAUUCAAUUAUCUACAUGAACAUUUUUGACUCCCAAAGAUUUACUCAGCGUUUGUACCUGAAACUCUCAAACAUUUGCGGCGAUCUCGAAUGUUUCGCUGACGACAUCACAGAAGGCUUUAUCUACCUCAUCGAUAUGAAAGGAUUCACAUUCUCAACUUUUGCCACAUUGAAUUUGACAGAAAUUCACAAAUUUGUCGUUUAUUUGACGGAAACUUAUCCAACAAAGAUCAAGCAUGCUCACUUCAUAAAUGCGCAAUUUCCCAUCAUAAUGGAUAAACUUCUUAACAUGAUACGACCCGCAUUGCGAAGUGAGCUGGCAAAUAAUCUCCAUGUGCACAGCAGUGUCGAGAGUUUAGCAAAAGUCAUUCCGUACGAGUGUUUGCCGAGCGAUUAUGAGGGAGGACAACUGAAAAAUUCCCGCGAAUUGAGCGAGGAAUACAGGAAAUAUUUGUUGCAACAUCGCGAUUUCUUUGUGGAAGAGGCGAAACAACGACGCGUCGAUGAAAAAUUGAGACCUGCUAAAAUGAAGUCGAAUCUGGAUAUUUUUGGGCUUGAAGGAAACUUUAAGAAAUUGGAUUUUGACUGA